AUGACGGAUGGGCAGUUGAGAUGCUUGUGCUCUUUUUCAGGAAGGACAGAGGACUUCCUCCCAGCAGUAAAGACCCCCAAGGGCCUAGUCGGAGAAGCCGCAGCCUGUCUGCCAGACCCCUGGCAACAAAAUGCACUGCAAAAGCUCUCCCUCAAGCACCCCAUCACAGAGAUACAUGAGAUAAUGGAACGUUUCUGGAUCUCAUCACUUGAAGACUCUCUGCGCAAGGAGUCUGACGCACGUGUGCAGAGAACGAUACAUAUUGUAAAACGAGAUUCAAGAGAGGAUUUUAUGCAAAAUCACUUGACAUGUCUUAAGGAGAAUGGAACUGGCACAUUUGUAGCUAUCAAAAAAAGAGGGGAAAAUCACUUUCAGUGGCAAUGUGAAAGGUCCAAUAAACCAAAAGUUUUUUGUUUUUUAAAGGCGGUACACAGAUGGAUUGUCCGACGUGAUGGAGGAUGCAGUCAGAAUCUGUCUGCAAAAAAUGAAGUGAUUAGGUCUAUGAUUGCCUUAAAACAAUGCAGUACAGCUGCCGAGUUUGAAAAGAUGUCAAAGGAAGUGAUUGUCAAAACAGACAGAGAAACUGGCAGUUCAGUAAUUUCACAGUAUCUACAGGACCAUUGGUUUCGAAAUGCAAACAUGUGGGCCAAUUUUGGACGGAGAGUUUACCACCAAGACAGUGAAACGAACAACCAUGUUGAGAGGUAUGCAUUAUGUAAAAAUAGUGAUUAAAACAAAAACAUAAGUUGCAGCACUAUAGGCAAGAGACAGACUUGUCUCGAAUCCUGCCUAUGCCAUUGCCAGCUUUGGCCAGGAGUUCUGAGAGGGUGGCGCACUAUUGACCUGGCACCUGCAGGUUCAGGGCGUUGGCAUUUCUAGCUGCAUCGACUCCUCCAAACGAUGUGUUCGCUAGGGGGUGGGAGCUCUGGGCUUGUAGUGCGAAAAAUAGCAUAUGGCUUUGACAGUGCUCAUAUCACAUUUAUUUCAGUAUCUGUACAAAUAAGGAGAUAGUGUACCACAGGUAAAUGCAUUUUUGUCAUGUAUAUAAUUUACACAACCCAUAACUUUUUUUAGCAUGUGAAUAAUAGAAUACUGCUCUACUAAUUGUAUUCUGUCUUGUAUAUGGUGCAGGUAUCUGGAAGGUCUUCAUGGUGCUCAGAGGAUUUCUGAUUCCAAAACACAGGAUACUGCAGAAUCUGCAUUACGUAUGAAGAACAAAGGCCUUCAAAAUAAUUUUGUUUACAAAUCAGGUGGCCAUUGCACAGUGCCUUCAGAAGCAGAUAAAGCAAAAUGUUAUGCUGUGGAUUUAAUUAGCAUGAAAUGUGAAUGCGCCGUUUCUGAAAGGGGUAAUUUGUGCAAGCAUAUUGAGUUUGCAAAAAUGAUGUGCAAAGAACAGGGGAUUGAUAUUGAUGGAAUUCGAAAAGAAUUAGCCAGUUCACUAACUGAACAGCAUUGCUAUGAGUGGGAUGGAAAACAUUUAAUUGUACAUUGUGCUGGUAGUUUUGGAGUAGUACAUGUGCAAAACCAACAGUGGUUGUUGGGCCAGGACUAAUGCCAACUGUCUCUUCAAUCUUCUUUUUAAGCUCACUCUUUUUAUUUUUCUCUACCCUUAGAUAUGCAACCAGGGAAUUGGCUGACACAUUCUCAGGUGGACCUAUCCUUUUCCUGAUCUCCUCUGCUGUCACACUGUAUCUUUGGGGGAAAGGUAUAAGAAUAAUAAGAUACAAAAUAUGGCCAACAUUGCAAAAUUGAUACACAAAUGUAAAUUUAAUGAAACCAUAAAAAGGUAUUUACUUAAUUCAGAAUUAAUUUAAUUCUGCAUUAAGCCUUUGGAAUGAACUUGAGAAUACUUAAAUUAUGGAAUGUUCCAAUAUCACAUUAAUCUGUUUAUUUAUGUUAUAUUACCUUUUCUUUCUCUUGUUGAAAGAAAGAGGGAGAAGGCUCUUGACUUCAGCAAAUACUUGUGGUGUAGCCAUGCUGUCGGGUAUUACAGCUGGGCGAGGCACAGCCAGUGAUACAGGUGGAUGCUGAAGUGACACAGCGACUGUGCUGGAGGAAGGAGGGCAUGCCUGUGACAGUGGGGAAGCAGUGUCGCUUUCUCAACAAGCAGCAGGGGUUGCUGAUGUAGCAUGAGCUUCUUCUGCAUGAUUUUUCACUGAAGGAAAAAAAUACAACACCUUACUUGUAAAUAACACUACGUUUCUUGUUUUAAGAGCAACUAUCGUAGGUUGUAGAAAAUGUUGGUAUAUGGUCUAAUGUGUUGUUAUAUGGUCUAAUGUUUUGGUAUAUGGCCUAAUGUGUUAGUCCAACUGCAUCAGUAAAGUAUCUGAUUUUUUCUCUUUCAUUGUUAACAUCCUGAUACAGAUCCUAAUGUGUUGGUAUGACUCUCAGUAAAGUAUCUGAUAUUUUCACUUUCAUUGUUAACAUCCUUUCUAACAACUUAUAACACUUUAAAAUGUAUGCGCCAAAGUGCUGUCCAUGAGCAGCAAUACUGAAGACAUUAUUGUGGAGUGUACAUUUUAAAGUGUUAUAAGUUGUUAGAAAAAAAAAAAAAAUCAGAUACUUUACUGAUAGUCAUACACAUUAGGCCAUAUAACAUUUUCUACAAACUACGAUAGUGGCUCUAUACAUAAACUAUUCAGUAAUUUGAUAAGAUAUAAUUAUUUAUUCACAAACAAUAAUUCAUACUUACCAGUGACCGAAGUACACUUCCUACGCUUUCUGGGAGGCAUUUCUCUGAGAAAAAAAUAUCAGAAUGAAAUUAUGAUAAUGGCAAGCUACAGCAUAUAUUUUUUUUCAAUCACAAUUUUUUUUUAAUCAGCCUGCCAGCCAUGUGCCCCUUAUAAACCAGUCUGCCAGGCAUGUGCCCAUUAUAAACCAGCUUGCCAGGCAUGUCCACAUUAUAAACCAGCCUGCCAGGCAUGUGCCCAAUAUAAACCAUCCUUCCAGGCAUGUGCCCAAUAUAAACCAGCCUGCCAGGCAUGUGCCCAUUAUAAACCAGCUUGCCAGGCAUGUCCACAUUAUAAACCAGCCUGCCAGGCAUGUGCCCAAUAUAAACCAGCCUGCCAGGCAUGUGCCCAAUAUAAACCAGCCAAUGUAAACCUGCCUUCCAGGCCUCUGUGUUUUAACUACAGUAGUCUAACCAGCUGGUAAAUUAAUAAUUUAGUUUAGAGUAACCAACCUUGUUAUUUUGUUACCAAUAUUUGCUUAAGACAUAGGACAUUAGCAUAACUUCAGCUGACAUGCCUGGUAAGUUUAUUAUAUUUUGUAUUAUCAUUUUUAACAGCAAAUCAAUUAUAAAUUAUGUGUAACUGAAUGUUGUGGAUCACUGUGAACAACUUGCACACACAGUACAGCAUAAAUACUAUGCUGCACAUAAAGUGAAUAAUUAAAAUAUACGUUUGAACAACAAAACGAGACAAAGGUAGAGAUUAAGCAUCACUAAAAUUUGAAAUGAUAGCUACACUUAAAAAAAAAAAACGUUAUAUAAUACAACUUAACAGAAGAAGAUAUUCAUAUUCAUAUUUAAGGCGUAACUCAACAUAUUUUAAUGCCUUUGUGUGCAUACGUUCUGCUAAAAACUGUGUAUUUUGAGAAGAUGAAUAAAACAUCCUACCUUUUUCAUUCCAAAUCUGUUCUGCUGCAAAACCUUGGCGCGCAGUUUUCAGUUUGAAUGUGAGGGCGUGGAAACAGGCAGCUUUUGCCCUUAGAAGGCGUGUUUCCUUUGUGAUGUAACUGAGGAGGCGGGUUUUCGCAGAGAGGUGUUUUAUUAUCUGCCUAAUAGGCAGACCUGCCUGCCAGUCGAAGUUCGGGGCAAACUUCUCCCCUGUGCCCCACAGAACAGCUGCUGACAUUACAGGACUCCGGCCUGCAGUGAUACACUCUUGAUCUGAGAAUUGAUCGCAUUCUUGGAUACAGAGACAGACCUUCCAAUGCAUAUUUAAGUCUUUUAUUCACGCAUCUUAAUGGGCAACGUGGGCAGCUUUCCUGAGUUAGGUUGUUUCAAGAGUUGGUUACGUCAUGACUGCAAAUACAGUUGCAUCAAAGACAAUCUUAUGAAGACGCUGCAGUAUAGCAACACUAGUAGACCGGAGUAUGUUGGCGUGGAAGUCAGCAGGGAAUGUUUAAUUUGCAUUUGCACGUGUUCUAAAUAUAUUUUAAUUAUUACAAUAUUCUAAAUCGCGUACUGCAAUGUUAAUGUAAUUAUUAGUAGAAACUGCAAUUGCACCAUCAUUUCAGUAACAGGGAAUGGAACAAUAAGAUGGGCGAGAACAGUUUAACACUGUCACUUCAUUGUCUAAAGCAAAGUAAGGGUGCUUAAUAUAGGUUUGAGUCCGUUGCUGGGUAAGAUAAUUGUCUUUUUUUUUUUUUUUAAAUAGAGUCACUUAGACCAGGUGGUUGCUAAAUAAAGGUGGUCGCAUGAGCAGGUUUGACUGUAUAAUAUUAAUGAAAAUAGAGUUUUGCUGUAUUGAGUAAAAACAGAACGUGCGUCCUGUUUAGUUGCAGGUUUUAUAAGGUCUUUAUGUUGGCUAAUAUAUAAUGUGCA